AUGGGGCCGAAGGCCCUUCAGCUAGCCGCGGCGUUCGUCGUGGUCCAGCUUCUUGUACCGCGGGUUCAUUCCUUACGGACUAAACUUAGGAAACAACGAUCCAAACCGCUACAAGCUCAACAACCUGAAAAUGGUGACUAUGAUUACGAUUAUUACGAGGGUUACAGUGACUACGAUGAUAAGAACGAAACUGCAACCACAACCACGCCACCGCCUCCUGUUACUUCGUUUGGUGUCAAUAACAGGGGUGGAUUACCAACAGAAGGAUUACAAAGUUUCUACAGACCAUCGUUGCCCACGGAUGUGCCACUACAAACGACAACUCGAUUUUUCGUUCAAGAUGAACUACACACAACUCCAGAACGAGAUCAUUCAUCACCGACAGAAAUCGUACCUGGCGAAAGUAAUCAGGUGAAUGCAGUUGCAAUUCCUGGACCCAGAGGCGAACAAGGUCGGCCCGGAGACAGUGGCCGUCCAGGUGAUGCGGGAUUUCCAGGACAACCAGGAACUCCAGGGAUUCCCGGACCUCCGGGACCACCAGGUCCUGUGCCUGAUGUAUCGAUGUAUUAUCAACAAUUGGCUUUAUCGCAAGCAAAUCAAGAUAAGGGGCCAACAGGAGCAGCAGCACCUUUGUAUGGUCCAGAUGCAUAUUUACAAACACAAGUAGGUCCUGUUGGCCCACGUGGUGCACCAGGUCCACCUGGUCCGCCUGGACCACAGGGAUUUCAAGGAGUACGAGGAGAGCCUGGAGAACCUGGAUCUCCCGGUCCUCCAGGUUUAUCAGGUCCACGAGGAUUACCUGGUUUAUCUGGGAAAGAUGGUAACACUGGUGAAGAUGGAGAACCCGGUCCUCCAGGAUCAGUUGGACCAGUUGGUCAAGGUUUUCCAGGUUUAGAUGGAGCGAAAGGAGAACAAGGUGUAUUUGGUGAAAAAGGAUCCAUGGGUGGUCCUGGUCCAAUGGGCCACGUGGGUCCCAUGGGUCCUGCAGGUCCACGUGGUGAAAGAGGCAGGGAGGGCCCAUCAGGACCUCCAGGAAUUAGAGGAGUGGAUGGAAUAUCAGGUUCUCCUGGACAACCUGGAGCGGUAGGUAAACCAGGACCACCAGGUUUUCCUGGCAGUCCUGGUAUAAAAGGAGAUCAAGGAGCUCAAGGGACAAAGGGAAGUCAAGGGUUGCAAGGCCCUCGAGGGGAAACUGGUCGCCCUGGACAACCUGGUGAAUCUGGUCCACGAGGUCCGCAGGGAAAAGAUGGGAUACCUGGAGAAAAAGGAAGCACGGGAGCAUCUGGUUUAGCAGGUGCAACCGGUUUUCCAGGAGCACGCGGACAACCGGGAAUACCCGGAAAUCCUGGUAUUCCAGGAGCGAAAGGAAUGCCCGGACUUCCUGGUGAAAGAGGAUAUAAAGGCGACAGCGGAGGAAAAGGUGAUACAGGAACAUCAGGACCACGUGGUACACCUGGUCCAAUCGGGAAUGAAGGAAAACGAGGGAAAAGAGGAAUGCGGGGUCCUAUUGGUACACCCGGUCCUACUGGAGAACGUGGAGCACCGGGUGCAUCAGGUCUUCCGGGACCAGAUGGGCCUUUGGGACCGAAAGGUCAGUCUGGAGAUCGUGGACCAAUAGGUCCUAUUGGACCAAAAGGCACUACAGGAGAUCCCGGUCGCCCAGGAUCACCUGGACUGCAGGGUGUACGAGGCUUAAUGGGUCGUCCUGGUGCUCCUGGAAAACCCGGUAACCCAGGAGAACGAGGAAUUCAAGGUGCUGAUGGAAAACCUGGUGAACAAGGACCAACUGGAAUACAAGGCUUACCUGGUCCAUUAGGACUUAUGGGAGAAAAGGGAUAUCCGGGAGAAUCUGGCAAAGCUGGAGAACCAGGAAAUCCUGGGCCACCUGGUCCUAGGGGCGAUACAGGCAAAGAAGGUGUACCAGGACUGCAAGGUGCACCUGGUCCAUCUGGAGCAGAUGGUGAACGGGGAUCUCCGGGACCUGCUGGUCCUAGAGGUUUCCAGGGUUUUCCAGGUGCAACUGGUAAUGCAGGAAGUCCUGGAAAAGAUGGCGAACCGGGUGUUCAAGGAACACCUGGCACGCCAGGUAUACCUGGAAAUAGGGGUGAACGAGGAUUUCCAGGUGAUAGAGGUACACCAGGAGUGCAAGGAUUACUAGGACCAAGAGGAGAACCAGGAACACAAGGACCAGACGGUCCUCCUGUAAGCAUUUCUUCACUUUCCAAAAAAAAAUUACCUGGACCAAAAGGAGAUAGAGGAAUUUCUGGACCAUCUGGAUUAUUAGGAUUACCAGGCCCACGAGGUGUUCAAGGAGAAUCAGGCCCAAAGGGAGAAAGAGGAUCUAGUGGCCCACCUGGUCCCGAAGGACCCCCAGGACGGAUUGGAGAACGUGGACCACAGGGUCAAAUUGGCUCGCCGGGACCACCAGGAGAACCAGCAGAACGAGGAGAUCCUGGUUUACCUGGAUCUCCGGGAGAAGUUGGAGCUUCUGGUAACCCGGGAGAAAGAGGACCGCAAGGAUUACAAGGAUCACAAGGUUUUCCAGGCCCGCAAGGACUCGUUGGUCUACCAGGAUUAAAGGGUGACCGUGGUUAUCCAGGUUUAAAAGGAGAUCAAGGAAAUCCUGGUCCAUCUGGUAGCCCUGGUGAAGCUGGACCACAAGGCUUAAUUGGAUUGACUGGAUCUAAAGGAGUAAGAGGUGAACCAGGUGCUAGAGGUGAACCUGGUAUUAUGGGACCGCCUGGAUUACCGGGAACAAUUGGAAUAGCAGGUCCCCCAGGUGCAGUAGGGCCAUUAGGACCAUCUGGAUUACCAGGUAUUAAAGGUAGUGUUGGAGAAACAGGACGACCUGGAAAUCCUGGACCAAUCGGAAAUCCAGGUGUACCCGGUACAGAUGGAAGCAAAGGUGAAAGUGGUUCUCAAGGACCAUCAGGUAUGCCUGGACCACAGGGUCCUCAAGGCUCUCCUGGAGAAAGGGGUUUACCUGGUUUGCCAGGUUCAUCUGGACCAAUAGGUGCUAGAGGAAUAAGAGGAGCACCCGGUGAAUCUGGAGUACCUGGAAAACCAGGACCAGAAGGUCCAUCUGGAAUACCUGGACAACUAGGACCAAUUGGACCUCCUGGGCCUCCAGGAGAAAUUGGAGCAGAAGGACCUAGUGGUAAACCUGGACCGCCUGGAAUAGGUGGUCGCCCUGGAGAUAAAGGGCCACCUGGAGCAGUUGGACAAACAGGAUUAUCUGGUCCUCCAGGUUUACCCGGACCACUUGGACAAGCAGGACCUCCAGGACCAGCUGGAGAAAGAGGUUUAAAGGGAGAAACAGGACCACAAGGUGUAGAUGGACAGCAAGGACCUAGAGGAAAACCAGGACCUAUGGGACUAGAAGGCCCAAAAGGUGAACGUGGCGAAGAAGGACAGAAAGGUUUGAAAGGUCAUAGAGGAUUUACUGGUUUGCAAGGUCUACCAGGACCUGCUGGUCUAUCAGGAGAGAAAGGAAUUCCUGGACUUCCUGGACUACCUGGUAAAGAUGGAGAACCUGGACCUAGAGGUAUUCCUGGACGAGAUGGCACUCCUGGACCAAUUGGAUUAACUGGUAAUCCAGGACCAAAAGGUCCUUCAGGUGAUGAAGGUCGUCAUGGUUCACCGGGACCACCUGGUCCUCCAGGUCCACCAGGUCCACCUGGUGAACUUGGAUUAGGAUAUGAUGCUGCUUCUUUAGCUGCUCUUUUGGGACAAGGACAAACUAAAGGACCAGAUCCAUUAGCUGGUGAUGAACCAGCUAGAAUGUUUAGUCAAGAAAUGACAGAAGAAGAAAGACAAGAACUUAUUAUGAAAGCAUAUAAACAAUUAAAAUCAUCAUUUCAGAAAUUUAUCAAACCAAAUGGUGAAAAGAAUUCACCAGCCAAAACUUGUAGAGAUCUUUACAGUGCUUACCCAAACAAACCUUCUGGAGAAUAUUGGGUUGAUCCCAAUGAAGGUGAUGUAAGAGAUGCAAUUUUAGUACAUUGUGAUACUGAAAAACGUGCAACAUGUUUAUUACCAAACCCAGUACGUUCUCCAGAAAUUAAACAUAUCACUGACCAACCAGAAACUUGGUUAAGCGAAAUAGAGGAUGGAAUAAAGAUUACAUAUAAAGCAGAUAGUAAUCAAAUUGGAUUCCUACAACUUCUAUCAAAGCAUGCCCAUCAAAAUAUAACAUAUCACUGUAAAAAUAGUGUAGCAUAUUUUGAUUCUGAAAGAAAGACAUAUAGAAAAGGUAUGAAACUGUUAACAUGGAAUGAUGUUGAACUAACACCACGUGGAAAUCAGCGACUAAGAUAUGAAAUGAUAACAGAUGAAUGCAGAUUACACAAUGGAGAAUGGGGUAAAACAGUAGUUUCAUAUCAAACUGAUAAACCUGUAAGGUUACCUAUAAUUGAUGUGGCUUUACGAGAUAUUGGAAAAUCCGAUCAAAACUUUUAUAUUGAAAUUGGUGCUGUUUGUUAUGAAUAA